CUCAGAGCCAAGACGGACAGAGAUAACCGACCCGAGAGGCCAAUGGCCCUUAGACUGGGGCGGGACUUCAGAGUAGCGGGCCAAUGGGGUACAGCGGAGUAAGGGGCGAGCCCAGUCCCGCAGCGGCGGGUUCACAGGCCCUAGGCCCCAACCAUGUGGGAACCUCGCGGAGCUGAGGCAUGCGCGGCGGCCGUGGGCUGCGCGCUCUUCCUGCUGCUCUUCGCGCUGGGGGUCCGCCAGCUGUUGAAACAGAGGCGGCCGUCGGGGUUCCCCCCGGGUCCGUCGGGGCUGCCAUUCAUCGGCAACAUCUACUCGCUGGCCGCCUCAGCUGAGCUCCCCCAUGUCUACAUGAAAAAGCAGAGCCAGGUGUACGGCGAGAUCUUCAGUUUAGAUCUUGGAGGUAUAUCAACUGUGGUUCUAAAUGGCUAUGAUGUAGUAAAGGAGUGCCUUGUUCAUCAGAGUGAAAUUUUUGCAGACAGACCAUGCCUUCCUUUAUUCGUGAAGAUGACAAAAAUGGGAGGCUUACUCAAUUCAAAAUAUGGCCGAGGAUGGGUUGAUCACAGAAGAUUAGCUGUAAACAGCUUUCGCUAUUUUGGAUAUGGUCAAAAGUCUUUUGAAUCGAAAAUUUUAGAAGAAACCAAAUUUUUCAUUGAUGCUGUUGAAACUUACAAAGGCAGACCUUUUGACUUUAAACAACUGAUAACAAAUGCUGUUUCAAACAUAACCAAUCUGAUCAUUUUUGGAGACCGAUUCACCUAUGAAGACACUGAUUUUCAGCACAUGAUCGAGCUAUUUAGUGAAAACGUGGAACUCGCUGCCAGCGCCUCAGUCUUCCUGUAUAAUGCCUUCCCGUGGAUUGGCAUCUUACCUUUCGGAAAACACCAGCAGCUGUUCAGAAAUGCCGCUGUGGUCUAUGAUUUUCUCUCCAGGCUUAUUGAAAAAGUUGCCAUCAACAGAAAGCCUCAGUCACCCCAGCAUUUUAUUGACGCUUAUUUAGAUGAGAUGGACCAAAGUAAAAAUGACCCGUCAUCUACUUUCUCCAAAGAGAACCUAAUUUUCUCCGUGGGUGAACUCAUCAUUGCUGGAACCGAAACUACAACCAAUGUGUUACGGUGGGCGAUUCUUUUCAUGGCCCUUUAUCCGAACAUUCAAGGACAAGUUCAGAAAGAGAUUGAUUUAAUUAUGGGACCCAGUGGGAAGCCUUCUUGGGAUGACAAAUGCAAAAUGCCUUAUACUGAGGCAGUUUUGCAUGAAGUUUUAAGAUUCUGCAAUAUAGUGCCGCUAGGGAUUUUCCAUGCAACCUCUGAAGAUGCAGUUGUACGUGGUUAUUCCAUUCCUAAAGGUACAACAGUAAUUACAAAUCUUUAUUCUGUACACUUUGAUGAAAAGUACUGGAAAGACCCAGAAAUAUUCUAUCCUGAGCGAUUUCUGGACAGCAAUGGAUAUUUUUCCAAGAAGGAAGCUUUGGUUCCGUUUUCUCUAGGAAGAAGACAUUGUCUUGGAGAACAGCUGGCUCGGAUGGAAAUGUUCCUGUUUUUCACAGCCUUGCUUCAGCGGUUUCACUUGCAUUUUCCAGACGAACUGGUUCCAGAUCUGAAGCCCAGGUUAGGCAUGACAUUGCAGCCCCAGCCCUACCUCAUCUGUGUGGAGAGACGCUGAAAGCGCAUGGAUGUCAUGUGGAACAGGCUGUAUGUUCGCCUCACCGCUGAACCUCGUUUAAUCGGUGUGUGUGUUUGGACAAAAGUCAUAAAGCCAUUUAACAUGGAUGCCACUUUAAAAACAACACCAGGCAAUAAUAAGCACAAGCUCUGAUAUUUUUCAAGCUUUUUUUAUGACUACGGAGAUAGAAUUACCCGUUGAGGAAGACAAAGGUACACACGACAGGUGUUACAUAACAUACCAGGAUUUGCCAUGGAUUCUUUAAGCAGAGCCUGGCUUUUCAGCCUCUUGUUGAGUACCAGGUGCCUUCAUCCGUCUUUGACUCCAUCUUGCUCCUGUCCGGGGGGAUUUGCUGCCAAAUGCCAAUGCCAGCUUCCUUCUAAUCAGGUAUUGUUAUUAAUAGUGUGUGUAGUGCUACUUCAGUUUAAUGAAGAACUAAAGAAGAAAUUAAGACUCAGAUGAGUUUGGAUUACAGAGAUAUUUUAGACAUGGUGGCAGAUGAUAGAAGAAAUAUCUAUAUAUUUAAUGUAGACCCUACCAAUGCUUUCCAACCUUGCUCCCUACUAUGUUUUCAUAAGAAUUACAUCAUUCUAUAGCAUAAUCAAUAAAAUAUAUUUUUAAAAA